AGGAGGCAUCUCUGAGUUCAAAUCUUCCACAAUCUUUUUUUCAAAAAAAGUUAGGAGCCGCUUCAAUAAUAAGACUAUAAAAUCUAUGGUUUCAUGUUGAGUUUCAAUCCGAUUUGAUAUAUGGGCGACUAGGCAAAGUGAGGGGAUAAGCUUCCAAAGAAGAAAUGCAAACCACUGCUCUUCUUCGCUUCCCUUCUUCCUCCUCUCUGUCAUCUCAUCCAUCCUCAAAAUUUUCGUCUUAUCCUUUACACAAGAUCAAAUGUAGUAGUGCAUCGUCCAACGUUGAGAUUAAUGACGGUAAGUUGUUAUCGGCGAAAGAUAGGAGGAAGAUGCGAAAUGAGCGGCGGGAAGAGGCCAUAAGUUCCAAGCCUCCUUGGCGAGAAGUGGUGGAGGAAAGGCUGUUAGCGACGCCGAAGAUGCCAAAUCUGCGGUAUCUGUUGAAUUUGGAUACCCUUGCAGAGGAAGGAGUGAGCUGGUGGACUCUUUGUGUGCGCAAGACUUCAGAAAGGUCUGCCGCAAAGAACCUCUUCAUAGAAUUCCGCAGACAGUAUCCUGAUGCCGAACUUGAGAUUUUUGUACCAGAGGUGCCCUUCAGAAAGGAAAUGAAAGAUGGAUCUUAUUCCAAACGUAUGAAGAUAUUGUUUCCUGGCUACAUUUUCAUAAAAUGCCUUUUGAACAAGGAGAUACAUGACCUCAUAAGAUAUUCUCCAAGCAUACGUGGAUUUUCUGGAACCAAAGUUGGCAAUAGUACGAGGUGGAUAAUGAGACCAAAUCCAAUUUCAAAUGCUAAAAUAGAAGAAAUGCUUAAAAGAGUUAAUGAGGAAAAAGAGAAGUGCAGCCAGGAAAUUGAAGAUGAACUACUAAAAGAAAAGAGGAACAAAAAAAAAGACAAUUUGGUCAGGCAGGAGCAUACUGAAGCUAUUACGCAUAAAGAUUUUUCCAUUGCCAAGAAUGCUAAUUUUCGCACAGACUUAGCUAAGGAGUUAAGUAAGAUUAAUAGAAGUGGUAUACAAAUUGGCUCUUCUGAUGCCAACCUUAACUCAAAGAAUGUCUCGGAGGCUUUUACCGAGACUUAUUUGAAGCUGCUAAGGAAGCAGAAAAGCAGUAAUGGGAGAGACAAAUUUCCCAGUAAAAAGAAAUAUAAACUCAUUGAGCGACCUAAGGUUGCUUCUGGACAUGUCAAAAAGUUUGAUUUGGAGACUUGAAAGUUCCUGCAGAAAGGAGCUAUGCUUAUGAUUUUUGGGAUGGAAUACCUCUGGAUUCGAAGAUCUAUGAGCUUUGAGUAUGACGGUUGAUAUGGACUCUGUCAAGCUUGUUAGACUGACUGGGUUAAUGCACCCUUCAUGCUUCCAAGAUGACAAAGAUUUCAACCAAAUCGUGUGACACUAAAUAUAUAUGUUUGCCUUGGGUAGGCUUUUGUAUAUUAAUCAUACUUGUGCAUUUAUGCAUUUUCUGAUUUAGCUUAUAGAGACCCAUCAAUUGUUGACCACGACAAUUUAUUACCCCCAUGUAUUUUUAUUUGGAGGUGUUUAAUAGGAGCAAAGGCAUCUUACGAUGAAUUCAAGCA